GAGGCUCGUCUUCCGGCAAAAAUGGCGACCUUGAAAUGGAUGUCAGAGACCAGGUUUAGGUGAUAGCUAAAUUAGAUAAAGUUGUUCGAUUUGCCGUGCAUAUAUAUUUCUUUCUGUUGUGAUACAGGAAACUGUGACUUAUGUUAGUUGUUACUGUGUAGCAGUUAGAAAUAAUGGCGAUGCAGAGCGGAUGUGUGAUUCAGGAGAAGGUGGCCAGGUUGUUGAGUAAGCAGCAUGGAAAGCCUGUCCUCAAACCCAACAAGCCUCUGGCCCUUAAAGACGAAGUCGCCAACCGCAAGCCGAAAAAAGGAGAGGCCUCCUGUGUGACAGAGAUGGCAUUAGUGAUGGCUUGCUGGAAGCAGAAUGACUUCAACACCAAACUCUGCUCUAAUGAGCUCACCGUGUUCUACAGAUGCAUAGAGAAAGCACAGGCAGAGGCACGCGACCGAGCAAAGCAACAAACCCUUUCCCAGGGAGGACGGCUUUUACCAAGACAGGCCACCAAGCUAUUGAAGCGGUACCCCAAUUUGUGAGAGACUGACACAGGCAGCGAUUUGUGAGAGAAUGACACGGGCAUGAAUCAACAAACCGGACUGAGAGAGAGAGAGAGAGAGAGAGAGAGAGACACACACGUUCAGUGCAGUGGUUUUGGGUGUGGCCUUUAAACACACACAACUCAUUUGCUACUUCAAAGCUUUUGGUUUUGUAUUUAAUCACAUCAUCAUCAGCAGCAGAUCCUGGCAAAGUAAAGGAGCUGCCUGUACAGGAUGCAUUCUAAUUAUUUAAUUGAGUCGAUCUCUCUAAAUCACCAUGUGAAAACAGGAAUAAAGCAAAUCACACUGUCAUCUCUCUGAUUAAAAAAAGAAACAGCUCACACUGUAUGAUGUUUGAAAGAUUAUUUGCUUAAAUGCUUUUGAAAUGUUAUUGUUGAUGUUGAUGUCAUAAAAUGAUUUCCCUAACAA